GUGCACAACAUCAGAUUCGAUAUUAUCUCUAUGUCAAGUCUGCCAGAUCCUAUGUACUGGUUUCUGUACGCAUUAAUUUCCAGUGCAAUUAUUUUGUGAAAUCGAACAACAUGGCAACGGAAGAACUCAAACUCCCUCUGAUCGACAUCAGCGGCUAUGUGUCGCCAAAGUCGCCUGAAGACAAGCAGCGUGUCAUUGAGGAAGUAUCCCAAGCAGCAAGAAAAUAUGGCUUCUUCCAAAUCAAAGGCCACGGCAUCCCCUUGGGUCUGCAGCAAGACCUGGUAAAAUGUAUGACCAACGUCUUCGACCUACCCUACGAAGAGAAGAUGAAGAUGUCCUUCCUCAAUAACCCCUGUCGAAGAGGCUACGAGGCAUCCGGUAUGUCGCAUAGACCAGGCGACACACUACCCGAUGCCAAAGAGUGUUUCUUCGUCGGCCGCGACGACCCCAACAUCGAACUCGCUGGCAUUUUCGGCCCCAACAUCUGGCCGUCGCUCCCCGCCUCUUCCUUCAGCGACCCAAUUACGCAAUACUACGACCUCACCUCUGUACUAGGCAAAACCUUGUGGUCUAUCCUGCUAGAAGGCCUAUCGCAACCCCCCGAGACCGUCGAGAAGUUUUCUAAACGCCCCAUCGUUCCCAUGAAAAUGAUCCGCUACCCGCCCGCCACAACAGUACAAGCGGGCCAGUACGGUAUCGGCGCGCACACGGAUUUUGGAGGUGUGACAAUUCUGUUCCAGCAGCCGGGCAAGGAUGGCUUGGAGGUGUGGGUUGAAGAUCGCCAAGCGUGGAUUGAGGUGCCGGCGCUGGAGGAUGUGUAUGUUAUCAACUGCGGGGAUAUGAUUCAGAGGUGGUCUGAUGGUGUAUAUAAGAGUGCAAAGCAUCGGGUUAUCAACAAGGUGGAGAAUGGGGAAAGGAUGUCUUGUGCGACGUUUUGGCAUGGUGAUGUUAGGGCGACGAAUCCGCUGAAUCCGCUGGAUAAAGACAGGGAGACGGUGGGUAUGUUGCUUGCGAAGAGGCUUGGUGGGCAGUACUCUUUCUCGGAUGAGUUGUUGGCCGAGAUUGGUGCGGCGGCGUGAGUGUGAUGAUGGUAUAUGUAGCUGUGAUUCUGUGUUUUGGAGUCAGUGGAAAUAUAUUGUUUUGUGAUGGCGUUUGACCUCACUACUUCUUGAGUACCCA